GUAUUCGUAUUGGUUGCGACUCAAACAGACGUCGUCCAGCAGUGACAUAUGGAUUUUAUUUUGAAAGUUUAAGCAAAACGCUUGCCCCCUCGCUAGCCUAACACUAGUUGUGAUGUUAGCCUGUUUUCUUGGACACUCCUAGCGCCUAUCCUACUGCCCUGGUAAUUUCCUCAAGCCCACCUCAGGAAACCAUGGCCGAGCAGGCCUCGGGACCCCCUCUCUCGUCCCAACAUGACGAGGUGCUCCAGCAGCGAGUGGCUGCUUUGGAGCAGGAGAGGGCCGAGUUCAUCAAACUCAAGCAGCAGCUGGAGGCCGAGUUCAACCAGAAACGAGCCAAGUUCAAAGAGCUCUACCUGUCCAAGGAAGAGGAGCUGAAGAGGCAGAACGUGGUGCUGGAGGGCGCUCAGGUUGAGCUGAGCGCCCUCCAGGCCCAGCUAUCUCAAGCCCGGACCGAGAUGGAGACCAUCAAAGCGGUUGCCACUGUGUCAGAAAACACCAAGCAGGAAGCCAUAGACCAGGUCCGCAGCCAGUGGCAGGAGGAUGUGGCCUCGCUGCAGGCCAUCAUGAAAGAAACUGUGUGCGAGUACGAGGUCCAGUUCCACCAGCGUCUGGAGCAGGAGCGAGCCCAGUGGAACCAGUAUCGGGAGGCAGUGGAGAGGGAACUGGGUGAGCUGAGACGCCGCCUCACUGAGGGCCAGGAGGAGGAGAACCUGGAGGACGAAAUGAAAAAAGCCCAGGAGGAUGCGGAAAAGCUGCGUUCAGUGGUGAUGCCCAUGGAGCAUGAGAUCGCAGCCCUGAAAGCCAAGCUGGCUACGGCUGAGGGCAGGGUGAAGGAGCUGGAGGCAUCUAAGGUCAAGGAGCUCAACCACGUUCUUGAGGCUGAGAAGUCUUGUCGUACGGACCUUGAGAUGUAUGUAGCCGUGUUGAACACUCAGAAGUCUGUCCUGCAGGAAGAUGCAGAGAAACUACGGAAAGAGCUCCACGAAGUUUGUCACAAGCUGGAGUUGGAGCGACAACAGCACAACCAGCUAAAACACACAUGGCAGAGAGCCAACGACCAGUUCCUCGAGUCCCAGCGCCUCCUCAUGAGGGACAUGCAGAGGAUAGAGAGCGUGCUGUCCUCAGAACAGCUCCGCCAGGUAGAGGAGAUGAAGAAGAAAGACCAGGAGGAGGAUGAGAAAGAGAGACUGAUCCAAGUGAAAGAGCUGCACGAGGAGGAUGUGGGAGACAACACCGAGCCUCUUGAGGAUUUAUUCCUCGGGCUGAGCGUUGAGGAGCCCCAUGCCAACCACAGCGGCCAUGGGUCUAUGCACUCCUUAGACACUGAUGUGGUAGCAGGCGGCCCCAUGGACCCAUACAAGGAAAACCUGCGGAGAGUUCAGUCAACAGACAGCCUCGGCUCUUCGCUGUCCGUCCAGCAGGGCCUCGGCGGCCACAACCUCAAGGCCAAGUCGGCCAGCCACUUGGACGAGUCGGACUUUGGGCCCUUGGUGGGUGCUGACGGGGUGACAGACAGUAGUUUUGGUGAAACUUCAUCCACCAGCUCCAUCAAGCUGACGGCGAGCCAUUUCCUGCUGACUAAAGACCAGGAGAAAGCCAUCAAGGCCAUGACGCCUGAGCAGGAGGAGACGGCGUCGCUGCUCUCCAGCAUCUCCCACGCACCUGACAGCGCCUACGUGUCGCCGGCAGGCUACAGACUUGUCAGCGACAGCGAGUGGAACCUGCUGCAACAAGAGGUAAAAAAUGCGGGCAGGAAGCUUGGCCGACGUUGUGACAUGUGCUCCAACUACGAGAAGCAGCUGCAGGCCAUCCAAGGACAAGAGGCCGAGACCCGAGAUCAGGUGAAGAAAGUGCAGGUGAUGCUACGUCAGGCCAAUGAUCAGCUGGAAAGAACGAUGACUGAGAAACAGACUUUGGAAGAUUCGGUCAAAGUCUGCAAUGAGGAAACCGCUGCAAAGGUGUCCGCUCUCAUCCAAAGAGUCCAGGAGUCAGAAACACUGCUCAGCACACUACAACAGGCUUUCAGUGAAGCAAAAAGGAACACCCAGGAACAGAUGGUGGUGCUGGUGAAGUCGAGGGAGCAGGUGGCAGAUGAACUUAGCCGACUGCAGAGAGACAACGAGAGCCUGCAGGGAAAACACAGGCUGCACGUAGAACUGCAGCAACAGGAGGACUUCCAGAUGCCCAACACUGUGCAAGAGCUUCAAGGCGUAGUGCUGCUGUUACGCGAGGACCUGGUGGCGUUACGGACGUCCGCCGAUCACAUGGAAGAGAAGCUGAAAGCUGAGAUUCUGUUUCUGAAGGAGCAGAACCAGGCGGAGCAGUGUCUGAAGGAGAACCUGGAGGAAACUCUGCAGCUGGAGAUUGAGGGCUGUAAGGAGGAGAUAGACAUCUUGGAAGCAUCUUUCUCCAGUCUGAAGACAGAGCUGGAGCGAAUAAAGAUGGAGAAGGAACAGUUGCAGAGCAGUCUGGCAGAGAAGACUGAGACACUGGAAAGUAUCCAGGGCCUGAAGAGCCGCCUGGAGCAUCAGCUCAGAGAGCUCACCACUGCAAAGAGUGCACUAGAGAAUCAGGUGUUUGACGAGAAAGACAAAGCUCAGCGGCUGCAAACAGAGCUGGAUGUCAGUGAGCAGGUGCAGAAGGACUUUGUCAAACUUUCUCAGACCCUUCAGGUACAGCUGGAGCGAAUACGACAGGCGGACUCCUUGGAUCGAAUCAAAGUCAUCCUCAAUGACACCAACUUGACUGACAUCAACCAGCUUCCAGAUACAUGAUGCCACUGAAUGAAAACUGCCUUCAGUUGCAUUCCCCCUCUUUCUCUUAUCACUGGCCCCAUUAACAUUAUUGAUCCAACCCUUCCCCCUCCUCCUGCAUAACCACCACAGACGAAGAGUUUGGAGGGACUGACAUGGCACGAGGAGCCUCUUUGUGUACAUUAAGAGUCUUGGAACACAUGAAGAAGAACACUACUAAAAAAAAUGUAAAUAACUAAAUGUGUGACUGUGAACAGAGGGAGUCCAUCUUCCUGUGGGUCUGUCUGUGUCUUGUUUCUACUGUAGAUAUAUGACCGCCUGUAUUAGCUCAACCAAAAAAGGUUUGUCGUCUUCUAAAAGCACUUUUCAUCUGCAACUUCUCUUCCCAGGUAAUUAUAGAAAACAGGAUACAUAACUUUUCUCCUUCUUGUUCUCAAAGCGGUUGAUAAUCGCUUCCUUGUUCCACUUGGUCUCUCCCCACCCCAUACACACAUUUUUUGCUGAUUUUCUGCAACAUUUUCCACCUCGUUCUUGUCACUUAACCCCGUGACAAAGACACGAUGAAGGAGAUUCAUGGAAAAUACUUGCACGUAACUUAACUUAGAUGAAAAAUGGAACAUCAUUUGAGCAAUACCCUCCAUAUCUGAAACAUCCUCCUCGACUGUAUCUUGCUUCAUACUUAACGUCUCACAGAAAUCGUUUUGUUAUUUAAAGCUGCUGAAAUACAGUGAAGAAAUGUCAUGUCUCAUCAAAGUAUCAAAGUUUUAUUUCACACUUGUUUCUUGCCGUUUAAGACACAGUUCACAUUGAAGAAAUUGCUUGGUGAGGAAGUGACAAUAGAAAAUAAUGAAUUUUAAUACACACUUUGCUCCUUUUUUUUAAAUUAAUUUAUUUUUUGAGUUUCUUGAUUUAUUUCUUAAGUUCUUAAAUUGCAGUGAGCUGCUUUUUGAUUAUAAUGGAACCACUCACUAUCACAACACUGGCACAUGGGGUUUCUCUUCUGUCACAGCAGUAAGAAGCAGUCAGCUGAUAGGAGGACGCCUUAUUUAAGGACACUUUCAGAUGGUGGGAGAAAAACUAACCUCUCACGAGCCGCCCUGCUACUUCCCGACCGAUUCAGUGGAUAAAAUACCAACUAAAGGACAGCUUUACUUUAUAGUCUGUCUAUGAGUUUCAUUUAUCACUACAAGAAAUUCUGUUGUCUUUGAGGCUACUAAUGGAUUUAUUUAAAGUAAUAAUCUGAACAGUUUCAUUUAAAUGUCAGUUAAGUCACUAUCUAACUCAGUGGAACAUCCUGAAGACCAAGGUGCAAGCAUGCUUCAUCUGAGCUGCUUGGCAGGUAGUCGGAUAGCUUCAGAGACCUCCUCCCCCUAACGCCUUUCUGUUUCCGACCUUUUCUGUAACUUUCUGACAAUCGGACAUUCAACUUAGUACUGUCACUUUUAAUGUUUAUUUAAAAAAAAUAACAUACAAAUCAGUGAGUGGUUGUAGUUGUGUGAAGAAGGGAGCUUGAUAGAAACCUUUGCUUCCUUUACACCUUCACACACCUGGCCAACAGCUGCGUUAAGUGGCUGUGAUUGGCUGUUUUCCGAAAGUUGCUGAAAUUGUCUGAUGCAGAUUGAAAAGUGGACGAGACGCUCUCGGACGAUCUCUUGGUUUGAAGCAUAUGGAAGCCUUCACCCGUACUGAAAAUGAACAGUCGCGUUUUCUAAUAAUUCCGAUUCCAUGCAGUCGUUUAUUAAGAGAAGAGUUUUGACCACAGCCAGGCCGGGGCAGGUGGGAUUCUUUAGGCAGAAGGGAUGCUCAUUCCCUCCAAAGCCUUUACUUUCUGAUGGAAUAAAUAAAUGCAAGAUGAAUAAUAGGACAUAAAAUGGGGUGGCAUGGUUUUUAAUCGGUCUAAGUAUGUGGCUUCAUGUGCUGUCAGGUUUUAUUACGUAUUUGAUCAAUUUAAUACUUUAAAACUAAAAUAACGUUCACUAAAUUACUUUAUAAUGUGCAGACAGAACAAAUAUCUGGUUUUGACAAACUCAAUUAAUACAUUUUAAUUAGGAAUUGCUAGGCAUGCUCUCCUUUGAAUAAAGGUUGCAACUCAAUGUUCUGCACUCACUUUAAAUGGUUAAUCCUGCAAUUAUGGAUUUUAUGGAAAAUAUGAAGAAUGUGUUAAAAAAAUAUUCCAGAAAUGGAUGGUAGAAUUUGCAGUUAAAACAAUAUAUACAUAAUCAUGCACACAGCAGCUUUUUAUGGUGUAAGAACAUGUUGAUCGCUGUUAUUUUUAGUUUUGUCUUGCAUGUAUUGCAUUUCCUUUUGACGCACAUGUCCAUAAUGUAGAUAUCUUGAGUUGAUAUUUAUGAUAGAUUCAUGCAUUGUGUUAUGAGAUAAUGUGGAUGAGUGGGUAAGCCAGCCUGAAGUUGCACUGACAGAAACCUGUAUGUCUUUUUGGAUUGUAUGAUUGUGGGCUGAAAACUGAGAACUGGCAAAGUUAAAAGUAGAAAUUUGUGUGACCUGGAUAUUAUUUUUCUCUGAAAGGCCUUAUUGCAUUGCGGCUUGGUGUGUUUUUAAUUUUAUUUGUGACAUUUAAUGUCCCUCUAGCUUAAUGUAUGACUAUUACAUUUACAAAUUUUACUCAUGGCCCAUAUGGCAUUAACAGGAAGAUUCUCGCAUUAUCAUUGCAGACAUUCACUAAUUUGUCAUGUUUAAGAGUUGAUUUAAUAAUAAUUUCUGAUCGUUGGAUACUUAUUUUAUUUUUUUUGUGUAAAUUGAAUCCCAAAAAUGAUUGGAGUGGAUGUUAAAAAUGAGAAUUUGUGUUUAGGGUGGAAGUCUGAAGGUCUGAAAGUUCACACUGCUAUUUAGUUUUUAGUGUAAAUAAAAAGUCGCGAUAAAGAAAGCACACUCACAGCCUAAAUAUGAAUGAUUUGUUUUUAAGGCUAUGACUUAUGGGAAAAUCUCCUUUUUGUAGUUUUCCUAACCCAUGUACUCAACAGUUUCAUUACAGUAAUCUUGUAAUGUGAACUUAAAUUUCACAACCUCAAAAUAUAUUUUAAGCUGUAACAUACAGCCAUAAGCAGUCUUGUUUCCAAUAAAUCACAGUAUUAAACAUUGAGCAACAUGUGGAUUGGUCCUUUUUUAAAGAUUUUUUUUGCACUUUACUGAUAAUUAACACGUUGUUAGUACUUGCUCAAGAGUGCACAGUUUGAGCUUUCAGAUGCAGCUUUUAUCAUUCCAUUUAAAGCAUUUUUAUAAUAUACGUGUUUGACAUUGUGAGAUCUGUUUGAGGGUUAGACCAACAUUCUCGUUUGCUGACAGAUUAAAUGGCAUCCAGUUUAAAAUAAAACACUCAGAUUUC